AUGGACGACCGAGAGACUCCUGCUGAGCGCGCCUCACCUCCUCCUACUCCUCCUCCAGCAUCCUCCACUCUGACCGAGGAGCCUCACCAUCUGAACGGAGGGGACAUCAACAGAGAGACCAGUGUCAUCAACAGGAUUCCUGAGACGGAGGCCAUCGGAGCAGAUGUGCCCGUUGUGAUCCCUGGCACUGAAGAAGAUGUCCCCUCGGAGUCACAUUCAUCUGGAUCUCUGCGGAGGUCAAAGAAAGCACAUAGAAAACGCUCUCGCAAAUCCAGCGUCGAUGGCGAGAGCAGGAAACGUCAGAAGAAGACGGAGCUGGGGUUCCCAAAUGCUGGGAACACCUGCUUCAUGAAUGCCACCCUGCAGGGUCUUUACAGCAUCCCAGACUUUUGCAGGGAUGUCAUGAGGCAGGAGGCCCUCUGGGGUCCCGGGACAGACAGCAUCCUGCCGCUGCAGAGGUACAUUGGUGAGCUGUACCGAGCACGGCAGGGUCAGUGGGACUCCAAAGGGAAGAAGAAGCUCCUGCGGUCGGUCAAGAGCAGCUUGGCCGUUUACAACGAGGAGUACAAUUAUGGCUCUCAGCAGGACGCUCAUGAGUUUUUGAUGCUCCUCUUGAUGGGACUGAAGAUGGAGAGCGAGGCCAUGUUCACAACACCAGGAUACACCUGUCCCACUGCACGGUUUGACUUUAAAAUUCAGUGUGUCCGUGCCUGUGCCAGCUGUGGGGACAAAGUGUACCAAGAGGAGGAGCACAACAACCUCUCUCUGGACGUCAGCUCCUCCCUGGAGGACAGCCUCAAACUCUUCUUCGAGCCAUCAGAGCUGGAGUGCACCUGCCAGAAGUGCCUCGGCCACCAGGCCACUGUAACCAGGAGUUUCCUCACUCUGCCCCGCGUGCUGGUGCUUCACAUGAAGCGCUUUAGCUACGACGGGCGACAGAUGAGGAGGCUGGGUGAUGCUGUCACCAUCCCACCUUUGCUGACUCUGGCAACUCCCAACAAAGAAUCCAUCUCAGACACGGGAUCAGAGUUGUCAGAGCACCUAUCGCCUCUCUGGAGUCGUCUCUCAUGUUGGGAAGAGAAUUGACUCCGGUCACUACAUCAGUGACAUUGUGGAAGAGGGAGAAUGGCUCAACCUCAAUGAUGCCAUUAUGACGAAGACGGACGAGGCCACAGUGCUGCAAGAGUGCCAGGGGACAGCAUAUAUCCUCUUUUAUGUCCUCGGGGGAGCAGGGGUGGGGGACCAUGCUGCCCUGUAGGAGCCGCUUGCACCAGCCAGCGAAUAUUUCCUGGUGCAGAGGUUCCUGUUGAAAGCUCCGCACAGCCUCGUCCAUCUUCAUCAACUCAGACAAAGAGAUACUUUCUUCACCACCUCUCUCACUUCUUUCUCUUCUUUUGCUCCCCAGUUACCCCCACUGGGGAGCAAAAGAAGAGAAUAUAGCACCAUCUCUUCCUACUCCUUUUCCUAUGUGUCUCCUACAGCCCUUCCUCCUUUUUCUCCUCUUCCUCUCCCACCAUGUCUUCAUCCUCCACUAACCUUGUUUCUUCUUCCACAGAUUCAGACAGAGGAGACGUCAUCCGAGAGACCAGCACCAUCAACAGGUACAACAGGAUGAAAGCUAAUUAGGGCUGAUUUAGCUCAUUUGCGUGUAUUUAGUUGAUUCAGUGUAUUUAGUGAAUGAAAGUGGUUCCUUCCUGCAUAAUUUGGGAGAUAAAUGACAUUUUUACCACAAACAUUAGACAUCAGU